UUUGCCAUGGUUGUUACAUGUUUGUUGUAUCUUCCGUAAGGACUUUCAUCACUGGCGACUAGCAGAGAGCGGCACGUCGGUUCCACCUCCCAAUCCGAGAGCACACGAAGCACAAUCCCUCGCCGGGUUUCAAAGUUGGUGUUUCGUGGAAAUUCAGCCAGAGAUAUCCUUCAAAUCUUCAAUGCUAGGAGGAAAAUGGAGAAAGUGGACCUGACUCUCGGAGAGGGACGGACGAUCAGGAAGUGUUUGUGGCUCUCAUACAAGAUGAGAAAGCGCGGAGGGGGAGUUAAAUUCCUUGGUCAGCAAAUGCCAGUCUUGGACGCGGAAAUGCCGUUCAAUCCAUUCGUCAACCGGCACGUCUCCAUCAGUAGCAACUACGAGCUCACAAAGACGCUACUUUUGCUGCCACUCUUCGUCUUCCGGGUCUCCGUCUUUAUCCUGCUGCUCGUCGUCGGCCUUGCCCUCACCAAGCUAGCUCUCCUCGGUGCUCGGGAAGUUCUCAAUGCUCCACUGCCAUUUUGGAGGCGCAAGCUUCUGUGGCCAGUCCGGUACCUUGCAAGAUGCCUCCUCUUCUUCUGCGGUUACCACUGGAUCGGCGUCAAAGGCAAGCCGGGCAGGAAAAGAGACGCUCCAGUUCUCGUCUGCAACCACGUAACUUUCGUGGAUCCAGUCUACAUCUUCUACAAGCACUUGCCGGUGAUCGUCACGGCGGAGGAGAACCUCAACUAUCCUUUCAUGGGGACGAUCAUCAGUGCCAUGCAGCCGAUCACCAUCCGGAGAGAGUCCCAGGAAUCCAGAAACAAGGCCGGGGUUGAGAUACGCAAGCGGGCAAAGUCUCCGGAGUGGAAGAACUCGCUUAUGAUCUUUCCGGAAGGGACGACCACCAACGGGAAAGCUAUGGUGUCCUUCAAGAGUGGAGCGUUCUCUUCGAGCUCGCCCGUCCAGCCGAUGGUGGUGAGAUAUCCCCACGUCCACUUGGACCCGUCCUGGGUGGCGGACGGGCCCUCGGCCUACGCGCUGCUCUUCCGGCUCAUGACGCAGUUCCACAACUACAUGGAGAUCGAGUACCUCCCGGUGAUGCGUCCCAGCAAGCAGGAGAACCCACGCAGCUUUGCCGAGCGCGUCCGGGCGGAGAUGGCGCGAGCUCUCAACGUGGUGGUGACGGAGCACACCUUCGACGACGUGAGCAUGGUGGACGCAGCUCGGGGUGCCUCCUCCAAGCUCGAUCUUCUCGAGUUUGGGAGGUUCGAGAGGCUCUACAGGGUCACGCCCAAGGAGGCCAAGCGUUUCUUCCGGAAGUUCCGGGCCCUGGACGUCCAGAGGAACGGUGUGGCGAGCGAGGAAGAUCUGGCGGACUAUCUGGAUCUCCCGAGCUGCGAGGCAGUGAGCAAAGUCUACGAGCUCUUCGACUCCAAAGGCUGUGGCUACUUCAGCUUUCGCCAGUACGCGGCGGGGCUGCUGUUCAUCUCGAGGCACGAGAGGUUCAGGGAGGCAGCCGAGGCGGUGUUUGAGAGGCUGGACAGGGACGGAGAUGGUUUGCUGAGCUCGAGCGAUUUCUCUGCCGGACUGAGCGAACUGGUCCCGGGAACCAGCCGGGAACACGCGAAGGCGCUGUGGGAUAGAAUCAACGCCAAGCAAGGGAGAUUCGUCCACCGGAUCGAGUUGCUUACGUUUCUGGACAGGAAUCCAGAGUACGUAGCAGUGUUUUUGUUUGGAGCUCCGAGGUUGCUGUCGAAUGUGAAGGCCGAGACAACCAUCCUGGAACCGAGCUCGACUGACCAAAAGAACUUUACUGGAUUUACUACGGAUGCUUCUCCAGGGCCAUCAGUUUGAAGAACUUGGUUAUCAGAGAAGAAACUCUGAGAGCUGGGAUUAGAAAAUCGUGUCAUCACUGGCCCCAAAGAUCUAUGCUCUAUCCAAAGGAUGAAAGAAGAAACCAUCAGUGCUUUGCCUCUAUCAAAGAAUGAUCUCUGACCGCUGAGUUUGUAA